AAGUACCUCUUCCCUCUCCGCGACCCGGCCCCGGCACCUGAGAGGAGCCCUGGGUGGGGGCGGGCGUAGGGGGGCCAGAGGCGGGGGCGGUGCUCGGCUCCGCAGAGUGCUGCGGACCGGGCUGGUCCCGAGGCGGCUGCGGCCCCGGGGAAUGGGUGGGUCGAGGGUGUCCAGGGAGUAGGAGCGGGUCGGAGUGCACUGACCACCGAGCCCAGAGGGUCCGAGCCGGGAGCGGAGCCUGCACCCUCCACCACCCGCCCUUCGGGAAAUUUCAGAACUGAGCCAAGAGCUGCUGCCGCUCACCCCGUGUCUUCUGGCCGCUUCCCUCUUUGCUGCCCCUCCCCACAGGCUCCCCCUCUCCGCCUCCUGGGGACCGUCAUGAAUGGUGCCCCUUCCCCGGAGGAUGGGGCCUCCCCCUCUCCUCCGCCUUUGCCACCACCCCCUCCUCCUAGUUGGCGGGAGUUCUGCGAGUCCCAUGCCCGGGCUGCUGCCCUGGAUUUUGCCCGCCGUUUUCGCCUCUACCUGGCCUCCCACCCCCAGUACGCAGGGCCCGGGGCUGAGGCUGCCUUCUCCCGCCGUUUUGCUGAACUCUUCCUGCAGCACUUUGAAGCUGAGGUGGCCCGGGCCUCCGGCUCCCUCUCGCCACCCAUCCUGGCUCCCCUGAGUCCUGCUGCGGAGAUCCAGCCACAUGACCUGUCCCUUGAGAGCUGCAGGGUGGGCGGGCCCCUGGCUGUGCUGGGCCCUUCUCGAUCAUCUGAGGACCUGGCCGGCCCCCUCCCUUCCUCAGUCUCUUCCUCUUCUACGACCUCCUCGAAGCCGAAGCUAAAGAAACGCUUCUCCCUCCGCUCAGUGGGUCGCUCCGUCCGCGGUUCAGUCCGCGGCAUCUUGCAGUGGCGGGGGACGGUUGACCCUCCCUCCCCGGCCGGGCCCCUCGAGACCUCAUCAGGCCCCCCAGUCCUGGGUGGAAACAGCAACUCCAACUCCUCUGGUGGGGCCGGGACCAUUGGCAGGGGACCGGUUAGUGAUGGAACAUCCCCUGGGGACCGAUGGACUCACCGAUUUGAGAGGCUGAGACUCAGUCGGGGAGGGGGGGCCUUGAAGGAUGGAGCAGGGAUGGUGCAGAGGGAAGAGCUGCUGAGUUUCAUGGGGGCUGAAGAGGCAGCCCCUGACCCAGCUGGAGUGGGCCGGGGAGGAGGAGGGGCAGCUGGGCCUACCUCAGGGGGAGGAGGGCAGCCUCAGUGGCAGAAGUGUCGCUUGCUGCUCCGAAGCGAAGGAGAAGGCGGAGGAGGAAGUCGUCUGGAGUUCUUUGUACCGCCCAAGGCGUCUCGGCCUCGACUCAGCAUUCCCUGCUCUACCAUCACGGACGUGCGGACAACCACAGCCCUGGAGAUGCCUGACCGGGAGAACACGUUUGUGGUUAAGGUGGAAGGCCCCUCGGAGUACAUCCUGGAGACAGCCGAUGCUCUGCAUGUGAAGGCCUGGGUGUCUGACAUCCAAGAGUGCCUGAGCCCGGGACCCUGUCCCGCCACCAGUCCCCGCCCCAUGACCCUCCCCCUGGCCCCUGGGACCUCAUUCCUUACAAGGGAGAACACAGACAGCCUGGAGCUUCCCUGCCUCAAUCAUUCAGAGAGUCUGCCCAGCCAGGAUCUGCUGCUGGGAGCCAGCGAGAGCAACGACCGCCUGUCACAGGGGGCCUAUGGGGGCCUUUCAGACCGCCCCUCGGCGUCCAUCUCCCCCAGUUCCGUCUCCAUUGCUGCUUCCCAUUUUGACUCAAUGGAACUGCUUCCCCCAGAGUUGCCCCCCCGCAUCCCCAUUGAAGAGGGGCCCCCAGCGGGCACAGUUCAUCCACUCGCAGCCCCCUACCCACCCCUGGACACUCCAGAAGCGGCCACAGGAUCAUUCCUGUUCCAGGGGGAGUCAGAGGGAGGUGAAGGGGACCAGCCCCUCUCAGGGUACCCUUGGUUCCACGGGAUGCUCUCUCGACUCAAGGCUGCGCAGCUAGUGCUAGCCGGAGGCACCGGCUCCCACGGUGUUUUCCUGGUACGGCAGAGUGAGACGAGGCGGGGUGAAUACGUGCUCACUUUCAACUUCCAGGGCAAGGCCAAGCACCUGCGCCUGUCGCUGAACGAGGAGGGUCAGUGCCGGGUCCAGCACUUGUGGUUCCAGUCCAUUUUCGAUAUGCUCGAGCAUUUCCGGGUGCACCCCAUCCCUCUGGAGUCUGGAGGCUCCAGUGACGUUGUUCUUGUCAGCUAUGUCGUGUCCUCCCAGCGACAGCAGGGCCGGGAGCAGGCCGGGAGCCAUGCAGGGGUGUGCGAGGGAGAUCGAUGCUACCCCGAUGCCUCCUCCACCCUCAUGCCCUUCGGAGCGAGUGACUGUGUAACCGAACACCUCCCAUGACCCACCCCAGCCCCCUGAGCCCCCUUCAUGGACAGAUCCCCCACAUCCUGGGGCAGAAGAGGCGACGGGGGCGCCAGAAGUGGCGGCAGCAGCAGCCACAGCAGCCAAAGAGAGGCAAGAGAAAGAGAAAGCGGGCUUUGGAGGGGUCCAGGAAGAGCUUGUCCCCAUGGUUGAGCUGGUCCCCAUGGUUGAAUUGGAAGAGGCCGUAGCCCCAGGCGCGGAGGCCCAGGGAGGCGCCGGAUCUGGUGGGGCUGCGGGGGCCACUGCGAUGGUGCAGCUCCAGCAGUUACCACUAGGGGGCGAUGGAGAAGAAGGGGGCCAUCCCAGAGCCAUUAAUAACCAGUACUCUUUCGUGUGAGACACCCUACCCCGCGCUUUCUCCACUCUUCUUGCUCCCCAGCCCUUAGUUGGUGAGAUUAGGGCUGGGCAGGGACGGAGAGGAGCGGUAGGAAUCCCCGCCCCACGUGCUUCCUGACCCUUGACGGCCAAGGGCAUCUGUGUUGGUACAAGAAGAGGCUCAAGAACCCUGUUAACUCCCCAGUUCAUACACUACAGGUGCCCCAUCCCCUGGGCAGGGGAUUUGGGCUCCAUUACCUCCCUGACGGGCUGUUAUGGUCAGCCCCACCCCUGGGGGCCAUUUCCACAUUAACCGCCCCCCGGCUCGGGGAGGGGUGAGGGGGAAGGGCUGUCAGUUAUAUUAAGGUUGUUGUUGUUGUUGUUUUAAACAAAAUGGAGAAGCAUAAAUAAAUAAAAGGGUUUAUUUCAGUUCCAUC